UAUUCUGAAAAUGAGCAGGUUUAUUUCGGUAUAUUUCUAAAGGCCAGACGGUAUAAGAUAAUUGACACGCAGAAUACACACAGAGACAUACCAACCAAGCAACUAUACAUAUAGGAAGGCUUAAUGUGCAACGCAUUUUGCAUCGACUAACUCAAGAGCGCGCCAAAAAGGGGGCUAGAGCGAAGCAGUUGCUCGCCAUGGGGAAGAAGCGUCAGAUGGACAACCACGACAAUGCCAGUUCAACGGACUCGGGCCAGGAGGAUAGCCACGGCCAGACAGCAGGCGCCAGCGGCUCAGGAGGAGCUGCAGGAGUUGGCGGUUUGGGUGCGAAUAGUCCCAUGUCCAGCUGCUGUCAGCACAUCAAGAAAUCGGUGGAUGCGGCCCGAUUGCGGCGUCAACUGAAAACCACUGGUCUGGUGUACGACUGCUCGCAGUGCCAAAAAGUCAGUCAGAGCCAGAGCCAGGGCGCUGCAUCUGGCUCCGGCGGAGAUGUGGCCUGCGACUUCGAGGUCGACAGCACGCUAUGGCUGUGCCUCAAGUGCGGCACCCAGCUGUGCGGGCGGUCACGCAAACAGCACGCCCUCCAGCACUACAAGACACCACACUCGGACUCGCAUGCGUUGGCCAUGAACACUAGAUUCUUUGAGAUAUGGUGCUAUGACUGCGACAACAAGGUCAUCCCCAACUCCCGCAAGAACCUGCUCGAGUGCGUCGAGCUGGUGAAGCGCCUGGCCCAGAAGCCGCCCGCCGAUCCACCCGUAGAGGCCACUGUUGGGGCCACUUCCAGUCCGCCCUCCAUCACCGACAUCGAACUGAAACUUACAUCGGCCCUACAGAUGCUUAAGCCCAUUGUGCCCAUUACGGGUGGCUCCUUCGAGGAGAGCAACAGCAACAGCAACAGCACCGGCCGAAGCGGUGGGAACAGCCUCACAAGCAACCUAACAGCCAUACCUCUGCCGCCACCUCCAGGAGCCACCGCCAGCAGCCCUGUUCCGGGCAUGGCCAAGAGGAUCGACUCUGGCGCCGCCGCCGGCAGUAAUCAAAGUAGCUCGGGCUUACCCAGGAGCGAACUUGAGCGACUACCGCGUGUCCGUGGACUGACUAAUUUGGGCAACACUUGCUUCUUCAAUGCCGUGAUGCAGUGCCUCGCCCAGACACCGUUCCUGCUCAGUGUGCUCCGGGAGCUGUCGGAGCCAGGAGAAGAAUUCGAGCUGCCCGGAGGGACGUUCGACUUCAAGGGCAAGGGCCCCACCGAGCUGCCGAUCAUCCGAGGCACCCUCUCCUCCUGGGGCGGCCUCACCUCGGCACUGGCCAAUGCCCUCGAAGAGUUGCAGGCGGGUGGUGGUGUCUUUACCCCCAGCAAGCUCUUCGACAGGCUGUGCGCCAAGUGCCCGCAGUUCACGGGCGGGGACCAGCAUGACGCCCACGAGCUGCUGCGGCAGCUGCUGGAGAGUGUGCGAAACGAGGAUCUCAAGCGCUAUCAGCGCGUCAUUCUGCAGAACCUCGGCUACAAGGACCAGGACAUACACAGUGUGUCGGAGGAGAUGCGGCAGAAGUGCAAGAUGUAUGGCAACCAGGCCGGUGACCGCAUCCUGCGACCAGAACAGGUCUUCCGCGGCUUCCUCGUCUCGACGCUGACUUGUCAGGAAUGCCACAGCGUCUCGUCGCGGCACGAGUACUUCUUGGACAUGUCUCUGCCCGUUGCCGUCGAAAAGCCACAGCCACCACAGCGGCGCAGGCCCAGCCCCGAGAGCUCGCCCUUCCCCAUCGUCGGCCAGUCACAGACACAAACGCAGAACCAGUCGCAGUCCCCGACCAAGAUAAACACUAAGUUCACGACGGCCGAGGAUGGCAACCCGUUCUCGGCGGCUUCCUCCUCCUCCUCGUUCUACCUGCACGCCAAUCAGCAGGAACCAGUCGGUCCGUCCAAGUCGCAGGUGAAGAAGGAGAAGGAGCGCGAGCGCAAGGCCAAGCGGGCGGCCAAACAUAAUCGCUACAAGCAGGCUCAGAAGCUCACCCUCAAGCUGAACGGAAAUGGAACGGGAAGCCUGGCGGAUGCCGAUGCCGAUGAAAACAAUGAGCUGGUUGACGGCACAGGAAGAGUGACGUCGACGGGGGGAGGCGACGGCGAUGGCCAGACAACCAGCGAUGGUCAGAAUCCGCCCAAGGAGGAGCUAAUGUCAUCGAGCUCCACCACAUCGGAGAACUCGGACGCCGAUGUCGAGGAUAAUUUGAUGGAGGAAACGGCAACACCCGGGGACAGGCCUAAGGUCCGUGGGGCUACCGGCGGCUCCUCAUCCGCAUCAUCUGCUCAGGGAGGGAGCAACAGCAACAGCAGCAGCAGAUUCUUCACCGACACCAACGGGAAUGCCCAGCCACUGGGCGAGAAGCGGGACGACACGCCCGAGAACAUGGACAAGGACUCCCUCGAAGAGGAUGAGAACGACUCUGGCAUAGCCACCAGUCCAUUGCCCGGCGGCACCACCACCGUCAACAAUAACGAGGCUUGCGGUACAGAGCAGCAGAAGGCGAAGGAGGAGGAGGAGAGCCAAGCCUCUGCGGACAUAGUCACAGCGGGCGUGAGCGAGGAAGGAGCCUCCACCAUACGCCAAAUCUCGAUUGAAUUAGACCUUCCAACGAGUGCAGUCGUCCGCGAAGUGGCCGGUGAAGCCAAUGCGGAUACAAAUGCCACGUUCCAGCUGCAGGAGGUAGCUACCCAGCUGGCUUUAAGUGAAUUCAACUUGGAGGCCACAGCGGCAUCUGCAGCUGCAGCUUCGGCCACAGCCGAAGGAGUCGCAGCAACAGCAGCGGCGGCAGGGGUAGCGGCAGCUGCAGCAGCAUCAGCAGCAGCAGCAGCACGCGCCAAGCGUGUGCGAACGUACAGCUAUUCGGACUGGAGCACCACGAUAGCGCCGCGGUACCAGUGCGAGGACGGAGAGUGCUCCGUGCAGUCCUGCCUCAACAACUUCACCGCCGUCGAACUGAUGACGGGCCAGAACAAGGUGGGAUGCGACAGCUGCACCCAGCGACUGAAUGGCAACGAUCCGAAGGCCAAGUCGGUCAACACAAACGCCACCAAGCAGCUUCUGGUGUCCAGCCCGCCGGCCGUGCUCAUCCUCCACUUGAAGCGCUUCCAGCUGGGGCCGCGCUGCAUCUUCAGAAAGCUGACACGUCCGGUUAGCUAUCCGAACAUGCUGGAUAUUGCCGCCUUCUGCGGCUCCAAGGUGAAGAAUCUGCCCAAUAUUGAUCGUAAACAGAAGAAGCUCCUGUACGCCCUGUACGGGGUGGUGGAGCACUCGGGUGGCAUGUACGGCGGCCACUACACCGCCUACGUGAAGGUGCGGCCCAAGGUGACGCCAGACGACAAACGCUGGAAGUUUCUGCCGCACGGCAGCAAGGCCGAGCUCGACCAGGACGACGAUCAGCUGAAGAAGCUGGAGGAGCUAUUGGCCAAGGAGAAGGCGCGCGACCUGCACUUAAACUCGAUGAACGACAGCGACGACUUCACCAGCAACUCCAGCAGCAAUUCAUCUACCUCGGAAGAGUUUAAUACCAAUCCCAAUGGCGCAACCGGCCAUGGGGGCCAGCACGAGCAGCAGGAGGAGGAGGCUGCCAAUGUCCAGGCGCCGCCAGGGAAAUGGUAUUACGUAUCCGAUUCGCGUGUCCAUGAGGUUAGCGAGGACGCAGCGCUCAAGGCCCAGGCCUAUCUGCUCUUUUACGAGCGCAUCUACUAAGGGGGAGGAGACUGGAACUGGGACUAGCCCAAGGGACAACGAGAACUACUAUUAGGCACUACGGAGGGGAAAGGAAACGAAAGAAAAGAAAUUAUGCAUCCUGUUAUUUUUUAUGUAGCUCUAUCUCUCUCUCUCCCUCCAAGCUUUUAUUUUAUUUGUUUUGUUUUGUAUUGAAACAUUGCAUUUUUUGAAAAUAGGGGGUAGCCAGACAUAACGAGGGAGAGAGAGAGAGAGAGAGAGAACGAUUAUUUUAGGAGAAAGACACAAAAAUAACAGAAAUGGAGAAGUAGGCAAGGAAAUGAACACUUGAGGGCCAGAGUAUGGCGAAGACCAACCGACACACACGCCAAAUGCAUUUGUUAUAGAUCCCCGAUCCACGAAGGUUUAACCAUGUCGAGAUCCCGUUUGUCCCAUUUGUUUUUUUUGGCGUUUGAGGGGUGGUGGGGGGAAACAGCUUUAGUAGAAAUGCAUUGAAAACGUUCUCCAGUGAGAGUGGAUUGGUAGAAGAACCACUCUCCUUGCUUAUAGGAAUAGAUCAUAAUGAUAUAUAUUUUAUACUCAAAACCAACAAAAAAAGGAUACACAAUUGAACAAAAAAUUGAAAAAAGAUGUGAAAGAAACGGAGGAGGUUGACUAAGAAAAAUUGCAAUGUUUAUUAGUUCUAAGGUAGUUGGUUAACUUUUGUCUGUGGUCCAAUCAUCAUCCAAGAGCAUUGCCCCGAGAGAAGUCAAAAGUCAGAGUGCCGCGUGGAGCCACGAAAAAACAAAAGCCUAUGAGGAAUUGAAGAGAGCAUAGGGAAAACAAUCGAAACAAAACCCAUGGGGAAACUAUGACUAUUGGCUUGGCUGGGUUGGGGUGUGGAGGGGGAUGAGGGGGAUCUAUUGCAAUACGAAAUACGAAUGUGAAACAACAACCAAUUGCUCGCUUCUGCCAAUAAAUGUAACUUGUAUCGCGGUAUAUACAACACUGAAUACAAUACUUAUAUACUCUAUAUGUAAUGGGCUAUAUACAUACAUAUAUACAACAUACAAAAUACAUACUUUACACAACAUAUAAAUACAUGCAUGCACACAUAUACACAAUCGUAGAUAUUUACAAUUCCGGAGUAAUAUUACUUACAGUGUGUCGCAGCGCCAGAGCUAGUUGCAAGAUCGGUGGAACUCGAGAGGCGGCAACGAGAGAGACUUUUACGAUAGGGAAACUGCAUAAUUAAUUAUACAACACACCAUUUAUAUUACACAUAGGGUUAACUAUCGAUUUAAUUACAAUUAAAGUAAUACCUAACCUUCCAUGGACUCGUAUGUAUAAUAAAGAGAGAAACGAUUUGAGAUGCA